GGCGUGGCCACGAAAGGCGGCAGCCGCGGCGGGAGGGCGGCCGAGAUGCGAGGCGUCUUCCCCACCUGCGUGACUAAAACCGCGGGGAUCCGCAGGUGGAUGGGAGAGUCCUGAGAGAGCCCUCCAGAUCUGAUCAAGACCAAGGAUGGAGAAGACCAUAGAGGGACUGCAAGAACAAAUGAUGGCUAGAUCUAUCCCUUGUGAUGCUGAACUUCAACAACUAAUGCACCAGAUCGACAUAAUGGUAAACAAGAAGAAACUGGAAUGGGAAAAGAGGAUGCAGGGAUUGGAAGCAAGAAUGACUAUCCGGGAUCAAGAGUUAGCAAGUGCCCAAAGCAAAUUAGAUCAGAAAGGUCAAGAGGUGGGCUUACUCAGACAAAAACUGGACAGCUUACAAAAGUCAAAAUAUGAGAUGGCUCAGAAUUACGACGCCCAGCUUCAAGCCUUGAAAACUCAAUUUGCUAAGCUGACGCAAAGCUAUGAAAAAUUACAGUUGCACCAAUUAAAACAAAACAAAUCUCACCACAUGGAGAAAUGUACGGAAAACCAAGAAGCGCCUUUCCAGAUGAACAGUUUAAACCAGAAGCUGGAGGAAUUUAGAGCAAAAUCAAGAGAGUGGGAUAAGCAGGAAACGCUGUAUCAAAAUCAUUUGGUUUCUUUAGAUGCUCAGCGAAAAUUAUUGUCUGAGAAAUGCAAUCUGUUCCAGAAACAAGCUCAAAAUUGUAAAAUCCAAGUACACUGUCAAAAGCUGACGCAAAAUGAUGGGGAUACUUGCAGCCAGUACGGAAACAAACAGCUUGGGGUUCAGAACGGUGCUUUUACCGAGCCCGCUGAUAGGAACAAAUUCUUUAUGGAAAAACUUGAGUCAACCGUGAGUGAAAUAGCAGUGAGCAGAAACAAACUACAAGAGGAAAACUUAAAGCUCCAACAGGAAGUAAAAAUGUACCAAAGGAAAUGCCAGAACACGGAAGCCAGACUCGCGGAAGUGAGGAAUGAACUGCAGUCUCGUGAAGACCUCCUAACUAUGGUGGAACUGGAAUGCCAGCAGCUGCGAAAGGAAGUGGCCAAAAUUGAAGAGUAUAAAAACAAAGAAGGAAAUCAAGUGAAGCUUCAGUCAGCUUAUGCACAAUGCAUCAAGGAUCUGGAAAUAAAGAAAACUCAGAUACUUAUUCUGGAAAAGCAGCAGGACCAUCUACAAAAAGAGCUAAACGAGAUAAGUGGACAGCUUUUUCGGGAAGCGCAAACCCAUCACUCCGAGGUGGAGAGACUGCGGAUGGAAAACUCGAGCUUGACAGAGGAGCUUCAUCAGAAGGAAAUUACUAUAGCAACUAUCGUGGAAAAGGCCGCUGUGCUGGAAAAGCAGAAAAUGGAUUUAUUGAACAAAGAGCACAAAACCUGUUCGGAUCCUGCUGAUACGCUGGAGUGUAAAAAUGGAAGGUUACACAAAGAACUCCUUAAAUUGCCGAGGGACCCAGAAAUGCCAUCCUUGGUGAAUGCCAUCGCAUACUUCGGAACAAAUCACGCCAAGCAGACCUCUCUGAAAAUGCCGGCAAAGGAAGAGAAGCCUGUGCAGAAUUCAAUCCAGUCUGCAAUAUAUGAACAUUUGGGAUGCUGCCAAACGCAUGUCCCCGGCUGGCACGGCCUACAGGAUAUUACUACUCUCGAAAGCAAUGGCACUUCACCUGCUGAAAGUUGGAGCAGAGAUCGUGAACCCGUAGCAGAUGGUAGAUCUCCAUCCCCACUGGAGGUGCCCCCACCAUUUUACUCCACUUCCUUUCCUCAGAGGAAUAAAUCUGACAUAUUGCUGAACCAGGUCUGCAUUAUGGAAAAAAGACAGAUGUCUUCCCCAGAGAUUUUGUUCCCGGCCGCUGCAGCAGAGAAAUUCCGACAGGAGGAAGAGAGGCGGGCAAAAGACUUUGAACAGAUUUUAAACUCUCACAUCGAAGAACUGCAAAGGCAGUCGGCGAACACCGUAAAGCACCAUGCACUAUACAUCAAGCAAACCCACCGCAGAUGAAGCUUUAAAAAAAAAUAAUAAAACCUUAAAAUUGUAUAGAUAAUCCCUGCACCAAUCAUCAGCUACCAUUUAAAAAAAAAAAACUUUAGCCAAGGAAAUUUUUUUGUAACGUGAGAUUUAUAUAUCGUUUCGCUGUGGAUUUCAUUUCAACGUGAAUUUGGAAGAUUGUGUAUCAAGAGGUCUCAAAAGAAAAUCUGGAAAUUAAAUACGAAUAUUUUUUUUUUAUUUUUUUUAGUGCGAUCCAAAUUCUGUUUUCUUAUUCAAAAUGCUGCAUCCAAAAUGUGCUUUUGGAGACUGAUUCAAAGUGGGUUGCAAGGCUGGGAACAAAAUUCACACUAAUGUGGCUGUCCUGGACCUCAUCGAAACAAACAAUUUCAAAUAUUUUAGAUUUAGAUCAGCCUCUCAGGAUGAGUAAAUCUGGGUGACCGCUACAUGGCGGUUACAAUCCCCUCAUUGACUGCAGUUUUGCAGCCCAGAUAUGGUAGCGUUAACUUCAGCCUUCCUUUAAUUCAGAUACAAAAAUCAUUUUCCCUGGAAAAAGCUAACUAAAUACAGGUAGUCCUUGACUUACGACCAGAAUUGAGCCCAGAAUUUAUAUUGCUAAGUCAGAAAUUUGUUAAGCGAGUUUUGCCCCAUUUUACAACUUUUCUUGCCACAAUUUGCCUCCAGAAGUUGCGAAUGCGCCAACACUGGAAGUUUUUAAGAAGAUAUUGGAUAACCAUUUGUCUGUUGGUGUAGAGUUUCCUGCCUAAGCAGGGGGUUGGACUAGAGGACCUCUCAAGGUCCCUUCCAACUCUGUUAUACUAAAUGAUUAGUUGUUAAGUGAAUCACUGCAGUUCUUAAAUUAGUAACCUGGUUGUUAAGUGAAUCUGGCUUCCCCAUUGACUUAGCUUGUCAGAAAGUCACAAAAGAUGGAACACAGCACCCUGGGACCCUGCCACUGUCAUAAAUAUGAACUAGCUGCCAAUUAUCUGAAUUUUUAUCAUGUGACCAUGGGGAUGGUGCAAAGGUAGCAACUGUGAAACAUGGUCAUAUGUCACUUUUUUUCAGUUGCUGUCGUAACUUCGAACGGUCACUAAAUGAACUAAAUGUAAGUCGAGGACUACCUGUAGAAUUGAAGGAGACAAUAUACUAUAAGGAUGGUCUACAGUUUCUGCUCUUUCAAAUUUGAUACAGACCCUUUAAAGCAAUUACCUCUUGCUGGGCAGGAGGGAGAAGAUAAGAAAUUUUACUUGAUUCUUUAAGGGGGUUGCUUUAAUAAAUGCUUUCAUAAAUAAAGGGAGGUGGUGGCUCAGUGGCUAAGAGGCUGAGCUUGUCGAUCGAAAGGUCGGCAGUUCAGCGGUUCGAAUCCCUAGUGCUGCAUAACGGGGUGACCUCCCGUUACUUGCCCCAGCUUCUGCCAACCUAGCAGUUCGAAAGCACAUCAAAAUGCAAGUAGAAAAAUAGGAACCACCUUUGGUGGGAAGGGAACAGCGUUCCGUGCGCCUUUGGUGUUGAAUCAUGCCAGCCACAUGACCACGGAGACAUCUUCGGACAGCGCUGGCUCUUUGGCUUUGAAAUGGAGAUGAGCAUCGCCCCCUAGAGUCGGGAACA